CUACAGUCUAGGAGCUUUCGCGUGAGACCAGUCUCCUCAUUGCUACAGACGCUCCCGAAUGUCUCGAGGCAGCACUCUCUCCCUCCUGCUGAUCGUAGUAUCCGCUGUGGCCUUGUCGCAAGCUUUCGUGUCGCCUCUCUCCUCAGUCUAUAAGCCUGCAACCUCGACACAGCCUGGACAGCUGCCACACAGGACGGUGACAUGGUUGUCUGCCGGCAGAGCUAGCAGGGACUGGGCAUUGAUCUUUGAUUGCGAUGGUGUCAUUCUUGAGUCGGAGUCCUUGCAUCGAGAGGCCUACAACACCGUGUUCCGCGAGUUCGAGAUCGACUACCGCUGGGACGAGGAGUACUACGAUCAGCUCCAAAACAAAGUCGGGGGUGGCAUUCCCAAAAUGAGGUAUUUCUUCGGCGAGAAUGGGUGGCCCACGUCGACUUUGGGCGCGGCCCCCACUGAGGAAAAGGGGAGGAAAGACAUGCUCAACGCGUUACAGAACCGCAAGACAGAUAUCUAUAAGGACAUGAUCCGUGGCGGGACCGCUCAGGUCCGUCCAGGGGUCUUGCGGUUAAUCGAGGAGGCACGGAGACUGGGCGAGGACCGGCCAAAACUGGCCAUCUGCUCGGCCUCCACCAAAUCCUCCUGCCUCUUCGUACUGGACAACCUGCUCAAGCCCGACGUACUUCAGCAUUUCGACCUCAUCCUGGCGGGGGACGACGUCAAACACCGGAAACCUGACCCAGAGAUCUACCGGUUGGCGAGCGAAAGGCUGGCCAUUCCCGCCUCCCGUUCUGUGGUCAUCGAGGACAGCCUGAUCGGCCUGCAAGCCGCCCUAGGUGCCCAGAUGCCCUGCGUCAUCACCCACACAGCCUCCACCAAGGCUCAGGAUUUCUCUCAGGCCCGUGCGGUUUUCUCCGAACUGGGAGAUGGCAACCACGUGCAGGUUACGGCCCGCGAGUUGAUGGAGAUUGCAUUGGGAACACCCUUAUGAUUGAGGGCGUAGUGGUGAAAAGAAAGAAAAAAAGAUUUGUAUAUGG